GUGAAAGAGAAGGGGGUUGUUCCAGACGCAACCCGCUGCCUUGUGCGCGACAUGAUCGAACUCGGCCUCAAGGUUGACCAGGUGAAGGGGGCGAUCCAUGCCGUAACUCGCGCGGUGGGGGCCACAGUGGAAGGCGACAUCAGUAGUCGCACUGUUCGCCGUAUCGUGCUGGAGGGGCUUGUCGCAUCGCGUGUCCAAAUUGCUGUUGAGUCUAAAGCAGCGCGAGGCAUCACAGUCAGCGGAGAUGGAACGACGAAUAGAAACAUCAACUAUGACUCACGAUAUCUCCAUUUCAACGACGGGGAGGUCCACGAGCGUCGCUUUCUGGGUAUACACUCAGCUCCCAACCAUACGAGCGACUCCCAGCUCCGGGGAUGGCAGGAACUCACCGGGACGAUAUUCGACACAUACAACGCGAGCCCACAGGGCCAGGCUGACCCGAUCGAUGCCCGCUCCUUCCUGCAGAAGGUCCAUGGCAUGCUGACCGACCAUGCAGAGGAUCAGAAGCGCCUGAAGAAGCUGUUUGAGGAGUGGAAGCGUGGUGCCGACCGUGAGCUGCGUGGCGAACGCGCAAUGGAGGAGCUCGCACCCCUGGACCUUCUUCCCAUCUUGGCAGAGGAAGCCGCCGCCGCCGUCGAACGCGCGGGUGGCACGGACGCGUGGGCGCAGCUCAGUCCCGACGAGCUCGAUGCGGAGAACCUAUGUAUCCGCAAGUCAAUCAUCAAGCGUCUCGGAGAAGCGGCCUACAACAACCUACCGGAGGCUGACAAACAGGUCGCGGACCUCUUCGUGCACGCGGGCUGUUGUAUGCAUAAGGAACUGAACGCUGUGAAGGGCGGGAACACUCGCCUGAUGGGCUACUGGGCGAAAGCCGGUGUACAGCCGCCUAUUCUCCUCAUGAACCGCGACAACGAUGCCGCGACACGGGCGGGCUCCGUCGCCAAGGCGCAGGCGGAGGAAAGGUCCUGCGGGGGUGGGGUCAAGCUGGCGGAGCUCGCGGGCGCACUCUUUCGUCAUAAGGACGAUAAGAAAGGCCAACAAGAUGCCACGCGGUUCUUCUUCGAGUCGACACUUGGAUUCCAGUUCAGCUUCCCCGACACCAGCAACACUCGCUAUCAAUCAUACUGCGAGGCGGCCGGAGAGCUACUAGUGCACUUACAGUAUUACCGGGGCUUCCUCGACAUCGUGCGGGACAAGAAGGACAGCGGGCGGUUCAAUCACCUCGAACACAACGUCUGGAAGGGGCUCCAUGAUGCCCCAACCUUGACAGAGCUGUGCGUCCUGGCUCUAUACGGACAAGCAAUCAGCCAUCCAUAUAUUCGAGAAGCUCGCGGCCCACAAGACGGGCUUACGAAUCAUCUGUCCCUCGGCCCUCUGCACGACCGUGUCAAGGCUCAUAUCGCACGUCUCAUUGCGAACCCCGAGCUGCUUUUCGCUCCGGACGCAUCGUAUGAGACCGGAUCGCUCGACGGGCGACUGUGGGAGAGGCCUGAGGUCAUCGUCAGCAUCCACCAGCUUAUGCCAAAAUUGCCUAACCUCAGGGACGCCUUCAUUGAGUUCCUCAGGGGGAGCUUGGAGACCUGGGAGCGAUUUACCGCAGAGUUUGCACCGGGUGGAACCAUCGCGAAGCUCUCUGCCUUGCAGCGAGAGCUUGCCUGGAUGCCGUCGACCAACGAUGAAAACGAGGGCGCCUUGGGCGCAUAUCGGAUCGGAGCGAGGGAUUCUCCUAAUAUGUCACUCGGUCAGCACAACGCCCGCCACAUGUACAAGCUAAACGACACCUCGACGUACAUUGCAACCUCGGCCACCCGGGAGGAGCAUCGCUUCUACCGCCGUGAGGCCCGCAUCAUCGACUCCAGUGGACUCGAGAAGAAACGGCGCGCUGAUAUCGCGGCGGAGAGCGAGCGGGUUGCCAAGAAGCGGAAGGGAGAGCGGGAGGCGAGGGCGGCGAAGAAAGCGGCGAGGCGGGCAAAGCUGGAGUCCGUGCAGGUCAUAAUCGACCUGUCGCGGCUCACGAUGGAGAAAACGACCGUCAAGCUCCUCGAUGAACAGCUCGAUUGGCAUCGGAUGUUCGUCGACACUGGCCCCAAGGACGAGAAGCUGAUUCCUAUCAAGAAACUCUUGCCUACGAAGGACCUCAAGCUCAAGGCCCUGGUCGCCGCGGUGGAACGUUAC